AUGGCAGCCUCUCUGAAUUCAUACUUUGAAAACUGUGGAAGAUCUCUUGAAGUGACAUCCUUAAGCUUAUGUGACAAUAACGGUGUAGAAAUUAUCAACUGGGGUGAAAAGAUCCAAGAAAUUCAGCUUUUAUCUGCAAUGUUCCAAAGCACACUUGAAAACUCUGUUAAACUCCCAAUUGGUAGAGCCAAACAUAUUACGCUGUUUUACUCACAAAAAGUCCUAAUCCAAAAGAGCAUGGAUUCAAUGUUUUUAGCAAUUGUAAUGCCUCGAGAUGGGCCUAUUGGGAAAGUGUUGACCCAAUUAGACAAAAUAGAAAGAGAUCUUUCACCAUUAGCCCAGAUAAUUGCAUCAAGAGAGUCAUAA